UCUGAACGCAUCCUCUCAUUCAGAUUACUGAGGAGGGCUGCCGAGGCCAGGUCACUCACUCACACUCAGUCUGAGGGAGUUUGUGGGAACGGGAGGAGCGCCUGUACUGGAUCUAUAACUGUCUGUCCGCCGUGUCUUCGCUCUGUUCGCGUUUGUUUUUUUGCUUUUCUUUUGGAGAAACACAAAUGCUGGAUCUAUGUUAACCCCGCGUGGAAUCGCACAACUACUUUAAAACUCAUAAGAAGGAAUGCAGCAGCUUUUCCCUGCGAAACUUACUCUUCUGAUAUCGCUGAUUUCCCUGGCUAAAGGUCUGAAAUGUUCUGAGAAAUGCCAAAACGGAGGUACGUGUGUGCCUACUCCAGAUGGAAGAGGAGGAGAAUGCAAGUGUCCUGAGAAGUUCUGGGGAUCUGCCUGCCAGUUCUCCAACCCUUGCCUCCCCAAUCCUUGCUGGAAUGGCGGCGUGUGCCAGCCGGUCAUUCGUGACAACAAGGUGGACUUCGUCUGCCAGUGUCACUUGGGCUACAUGGACCCCCGGUGCCUCACUCCCACGGACAACCCGUGCCGCAGCUCACCGUGUGGAAAUGGAGGGACGUGUGAGCUGACCAGCGUUCGCACGUACAAGUGCAAAUGUCCUCCAGGCUGGACUGGUAAAAACUGCCAGCAGGCCGACCCGUGUGCCUCAAACCCUUGUGCCAAUGGGGGCCAGUGCAGUCCAUUCGACUCCCAUUACAUCUGCACCUGCACGCCCUUCUUCUCAGGUGAGACGUGCAAACAGGACGUCAACGAGUGUGCCCUGAGCCCAUUUCCCUGCAAUAACGGUGGGGUGUGUGUGAACGAAGUGGGCUCCUACCGCUGCAACUGCCCAACCGAGUACACGGGUAAACACUGCGAGACCCUGUACCAGCCCUGCAGCCCCUCACCCUGCCUUCACGGAGGAACCUGCGUCCAGAAAGGAGAAACCAGUUACGAGUGUUCUUGUCUGCCAGGUUUCAGUGGUCAGAACUGUGAGGAGAACAUUGAUGAUUGUCCAGACCAUCGCUGCCUUAACGGAGGGACCUGUGUGGAUGGGGUGAACACUUACAACUGUCAGUGCAAACCAGAGUGGACAGGUCAGUUCUGCACUGAAGACGUCAAUGAGUGCGACCUGAUGCCAAACUCCUGUCAGAAUGGUGGUACUUGCCUUAACACCCAGGGUGGAUACAACUGCGUGUGUGUGAACGGCUGGACGGGUGAAGACUGCAGCAAGAACAUUGAUGACUGCGCAGACGCUGCCUGCAACGUAGGAGCCACUUGUCAUGACCGAGUGGCCUCCUUCUUCUGUGAAUGCCCUCCUGGUCGCACAGGUUUGCUGUGCCACUUGAACGAUGCCUGUAUCAGUAACCCCUGUCAGAAAGGCUCCAACUGUGACACCAACCCAGUCAAUGGCAAGGCCAUCUGCACCUGUCCUCUGGGCUACUUUGGCUCAGCCUGUGACCAGGACGUUGAUGAAUGCUCUCUGGGUGCAAACCCAUGUGAGCAUGCAGGAAAGUGCCUGAACACCAAAGGCUCGUUCCAGUGUAAAUGCCAGCAGGGUUACGUUGGGCCACGCUGUGAGCUAGACGUCAAUGAGUGCUUGUCCAACCCGUGUCAGAAUGAUGCGACCUGCCUGGACCAGAUCGGAGGCUUCCACUGCAUCUGUAUGGCAGGCUAUGAGGGAAAGUUCUGCGAGAUCAAUACUGAUGAGUGCGCCAGCAUGCCCUGCCUCAACAAUGGGAAGUGCAUCGACAAGAUCAACAACUACCAGUGCGAGUGCCCCACAGGAUUCUCUGGAAACCAGUGCCAAUUUGACAACGAUGAGUGCGCCAGCACGCCCUGCAAAAAUGGCGCCAAAUGCAUUGACGGGCCCAAUAUGUACACCUGCCAGUGCACUGAGGGAUACACAGGACAGCACUGUGAGACAGAUAUAGACGAGUGUCUGUCCAACCCCUGCCACUAUGGUCUCUGUAAAGACAGCCUGGCGGGCUUCACGUGUCACUGCCGCGCAGGCUACACUGGCCGACUGUGUGAAGCCAACAUCAACGAGUGUCUGAGCCACCCGUGUCAAAACGGAGGCACCUGCCAAGACCGAGAGAACGCUUAUCUGUGUGUUUGCCCCAGAGGAACUUCAGGUGUUAACUGUGAGAUCAAUCUGGAUGAUUGUCAGAGCAAUCCAUGUGACUUUGGCAAGUGCAUUGAUAAGAUCAAUGGCUACGAGUGUGCCUGUGAGCCAGGAUACACAGGCAAACUGUGCAACAUCAACAUCGACGAGUGUGCCAUCAACCCCUGUCAUAAUGGAGGAACGUGCAUCGAUGGUGUGAAUGGAUUCAUGUGUCAGUGUCGAGAUGGCUACCACGACCCCACCUGCCAGUCUCAACUCAACGAGUGUCUCAGUAACCCCUGCAUUCAUGGACACUGUGAAGAUAGAGUCAAUGGUUAUAACUGUAUCUGUGAUUCGGGCUGGAGCGGCAACAACUGCGACAUCAACAACAACGAGUGUGAGUCCAACCCCUGCAUGAACGGAGGAACCUGUAAGGACAUGACCAGUGGCUACGUGUGCAGCUGCCGUGCCGGCUUCAGCGGUCCUAACUGCCAGACGAACAUCAAUGAGUGUGCCUCCAACCCCUGCCUCAACCAGGGCACCUGUAUAGAUGAUGUGGCUGGAUACAAGUGCAACUGUUUGCUGCCUUACACUGGUGAGAACUGUGAAACUUUACUAGACCCCUGCAAUCCCAAGCCCUGCAAGAACAACGGAGUGUGUAAGGAGUCUGAGGACUACGAGAGUUUCUCCUGUGUGUGCCCGGAAGGCUGGCAAGGCCAGACGUGCGAGAUCGACAUCAACGAGUGUGUGAAGAACCCCUGUCGCAACGGCGCCACCUGCCAGAACUCCAUCGGCAGCUACAGGUGCAGCUGCAAGUCUGGCUACACUGGACGCAACUGUGAGACUGACAUAGAUGACUGCAAGCCCAACCCCUGCAGUAAUGGAGGUUUCUGUAAGGACGGGGUGGACGUGUUCUCCUGCACAUGCCUUCCUGGGUUCCGUGGCCUCAGAUGUGAAGAGGACAUCAACGAGUGCGACAGCAACCCGUGCAAAAACGGCGCAAACUGCACCGACUGCGUCAACAGCUACACCUGUACGUGUCCACCGGGUUUCAGCGGGAUCAACUGCGAGAACAACACGCCCGACUGCACAGAGAGCUCCUGUUUUAAUGGUGGCACCUGCGUGGAUGGCAUCAACACGUUCAGCUGCCUGUGUCUGGCUGGCUUCACAGGCAGCUACUGCCAGCACGACAUCAACGAGUGCGACUCCAAGCCUUGCAUGAAUGGCGGCACCUGCCAGGACAGCUACGGCACAUACAAGUGCACUUGCCCUCAUGGCUACCGCGGCUUCAACUGCCAGGAACUGGUGAACUGGUGUAAGCCGUCUCCCUGCAAGAAUGGAGGUACAUGCAGACAGAGUGGAACCACCUACACCUGCCAGUGUCAGACAGGCUGGACUGGCCUUUACUGUGACGUUCCCAGCGUCUCCUGUGAGGUGGCUGCUAAACAGCAAGGUGUGGAGGUUGCCAGAUUGUGCAGAAACUCUGGCCUGUGUCUGGAUGCUGGGAACACACACUACUGUCAGUGCCAGGCGGGAUACACCGGGAGCUACUGUGAGGAGCAGGUGGACGAAUGUAUCCCCAACCCCUGCCAGAAUGGAGCUACUUGUACCGAUUACUUAGGAGGCUAUUCUUGUGAGUGCGUGCCAGGUUAUCAUGGAGUAAACUGCUCCAGCGAGAUCAAUGAGUGCCUCUCUCAGCCCUGCCAGAACGGGGGCACCUGCAUUGACCUCGUCAAUACCUACAAAUGCUCCUGUCCCCGGGGAACGCAAGGAGUUCACUGUGAGAUAAACCUUGACGACUGCACGCCUUUCACUGACCCUGUGACCAAAGAGCCCAAGUGCUUUAACCAGGGCCGCUGUGUGGACCGCGUCGGAGGAUACCACUGCGUGUGUCCGCCUGGGUACGUGGGUGAGCGCUGCGAGGGCGACGUCAACGAGUGCCUCUCCAACCCCUGUGACCCGCGGGGCACCCACAGCUGCAUCCAGCUCACCAACAACUACCGCUGCGAGUGCAGGACUGGAUACACCGGUCAGCGAUGUGACACCGUGUUUGAUGGCUGUAAGGGGAAGCCGUGCCGCAAUGGAGGAACCUGUGCUGUAGCCAGCAACACCCCUCAUGGAUUUAUCUGUAAAUGUCCUCCUGGCUUCACUGGCUCCACCUGUGAGUACGACGCCCAGGCCUGUGGAAGCCUCCAGUGCAAAAACGGUGGCACCUGCGUCUCUGGCCAUAAGAACCCGCGCUGCCUGUGUUCUCCGAGCUUCACCGGCCCAGAGUGCCAGUAUCCAAGCGACGGGCCUUGCCUCUCUAACCCCUGCUACAACGGGGGAACAUGUGAGCCCAGCACAGAGUCACCAUACUUCCACUGCGUGUGUCCGGCCGACUUCAACGGCCUGCUCUGCCACAUCCUGGACUACGGCUUCACGGGCGGCUUCGGUCGAGACAUCACGCCGCCCCCGGAGGUGGAGGCCAGCUGUGAGAUUCCCGAGUGUGAAGCCAAGAAGGGCAACAAGGAGUGUGACGCUGCCUGUAACAGCCACGAGUGCGAUUGGGAUGGAGGUGACUGCUCGCUGAAUUUCCGCGACCCCUGGCAGAACUGCUCGGACGCUCUGCAAUGCUGGCGCUACUUCAACAACGGGAAGUGCGACGAGCAGUGCCACAGCGCCGGCUGCCUGUACGAUGGCUUCGACUGCCAGAGGAGCGGAGGAGAGUGCAACCCACUUUAUGACCAGUACUGCAAGGACCACUAUGCCGAUGGCCACUGUGAUCAGGGCUGCAACAAUGCUGAGUGUGAGUGGGAUGGCCUGGACUGCGCUGAUAAUGUGCCGGAGAAGCGAGCGACAGGUCUCCUGGUCCUGGUGGUGCACCUUCCUCCUGAGCAGCUGCGCAACAACUCUUCAGGGUUUCUGCGUGAACUCAGUCGCGUGCUGCACACCAACAUCGUGUUCCGGCAGGACACGCAGGGGGAGCUGAUGAUCUACCCGUACUACGGCAGCCCACAUGAGCUCCGCAAGCACAACAAAAAACGCUCACUGGACAGCUGGUCUGACGUCUACGGCUCAGGACGCAGAGACCAGGAUCAGACGCAAGUCGUAGGCUCGGUGGUGUAUCUGGAGAUAGACAACCGGCAGUGUUACCAGCAGUCAGCAGAAUGCUUCCAGAGUGCGACCGAUGUAGCUGCCUUCCUUGGAGCUCUUGCGUCCAGUGGCAAUCUCAACCUGCCCUACGUCAUGGCUGUCACAAGUGAGAGCGAGGUGCCGCCGACCACGGAGCUCUACCCGCUGUACGUGGUGCUGGCCAGUGUGGCUCUGCUGGCCUUCGUGGCCGUGGGGAUGGUGGCUUCAAGGAAGCGUCGGCGUGAGCACGGCCAGCUGUGGUUCCCUGACGGCUUCAAGACCAGCGAGCCCAGCAAGAAGAAGAGGAGAGAGCCAGUUGGAGAGGAUUCUGUGGGCUUGAAGCCACUGAAGAACUCGGAUAUUUCACUGAUGGACGACAACCAGAACGAAUGGGGAGAGGAGGAGCCGGUGGACACCAAGCGCUUCAGGUAUGAAGAACAAGCGAUGUUAGAUCUGGACGACCAGCAGGAUCAUCGGCAGUGGACCCAGCAGCAUCUAGACGCAGCUGACCUGAGAAUCCCCUCCGUAGCCCCUACACCUCCUCAGGGCGAGAUCGAGAAUGACUGCAUGGAUGUCAACGUCCGAGGACCAGAUGGAUUCACCCCCCUAAUGAUCGCUUCCUGUAGUGGCGGUGGGCUGGAGACUGGAAACAGUGAAGAAGAGGAGGAUGCCUCUGCCAACGUCAUCAACGACUUCAUCUACCAGGGAGCCAACCUUCACAAUCAAACCGACCGCACUGGUGAGACCGCCCUGCACCUGGCUGCCCGUUACGCUCGUUCUGAUGCUGCCAAGAGGCUUCUGGAGGCCAGCGCUGAUGCCAACAUCCAGGACAACAUGGGACGGACACCGUUACAUGCUGCCGUGGCUGCUGAUGCACAGGGAGUCUUCCAGAUUUUGAUAAGGAACCGGGCCACCGACCUGGAUGCACGCAUGCACGAUGGCACUACUCCUCUGAUCCUGGCAGCCAGGCUGGCCGUGGAGGGCAUGGUGGAGGAGCUCAUCAACUGCCACGCUGACGUCAAUGCAAUCGAUGACUUUGGCAAGUCUGCUCUGCACUGGGCUGCAGCUGUGAACAAUGUGGACGCAGCUGUGGUACUGCUUAAGAACGGAGCCAAUAAGGACAUGCAGAACAACAAGGAAGAGACGCCUCUGUUUCUGGCUGCGAGGGAAGGCAGCUACGAGACGGCCAAAGUCCUGCUGGAGCACUUUGCCAACCGCGAGAUCACCGACCACAUGGACCGCUUACCCCGGGACAUUGCCCAGGAGCGCAUGCACCACGACAUUGUGCGCCUCAUGGAUGAGUACAACCUGGUGCGCAGCCCACCCAUGCACGGCGCCCCACUCAGCACCACCCUUUCGCCCCCUCUCUGCUCCCCGAACGCCUACUUGGGCAGUCUGAAGGCAUCAGUUCCAAACAAGAAGCCCCGUAAGCCUGGCAGCAAAGGCCUGGCCUGCAAGGACGGCAACAAGGACCCGAAGACCAAGAAGAAGACGAAGCACCAGGACGGUAAAGGUGGUCUGUUGGACAGCUCGGCUGCGCUUUCGCCCGUAGACUCUCUGGAGUCUCCUCACGGUUACGUCUCAGACGUGGCUUCUCCACCCCUCAUGACCUCACCGUUCCAGCAGUCGCUCAGUCACUUACAGGCGGUAACAGACACCCACAUGUCGGCUGUCAACCACCUGGGCAUGGCCAGUAAACAGGAUCUCACCCGUCUUCAGUUUGAUCCCUUGCCUCCACGUCUCACUCACCUGCCAGUGCCUAGUUCCAACGGGUCCAACGGUCAGUGCGACUGGCUCAACAGAAUGCACGGAGCUAUGAGUCAGCAGGGUCAAUUCGGAGCUGUGAGGAACAGCCAACACCAGCCCACCGCCCAACACGGCAUGAUCCUCCACAACGGUAGUGGGAUUCCCCAGAUAAUGAGCUUCCAGGGCCUGCCUAACAGCCACUUAGCAGGGCAACCUCAUCUUCUGCAUCAACCCCAGCAGAUACAGGCUAAUCUACAACAGCAGCAAAGACAACAGCAGCAACAACAACAACAGCAGCAGCAGCAAGCCACCAUCCAGCUGCAGCACCAAAACACGAACAGCGGGCAGAACUUCAUGGGUGGUGGAGGAGAGCUGCAGCAGAGCAACAGCAUACCCAUCCACACCAUCCUGCCACAGGAUACCCAAAUGCUCCAAGCCCAAACGCUGGCACCCAGCAUGGCCAGCACGCAGUUCCUCACGCCCCCAUCCCAGCACAGCUACACGCCCGGCAUGGACGCCACCAACACGCCCAGCCACCAGCUGCAGGUGCCCGAGCACCCGUUCCUCACGCCCUCGCCCGGCUCGCCAGACCAGUGGUCCAGUUCUUCUCCCCACUCCAACAUGUCUGACUGGUCUGAGGGCAUCUCCAGCCCACCCACCAGCAUGCAGACCCAGAUGGGACAGAUUCCUGAGCAGUUUAAGUGAAGCUGAAGCGCUUGCUUCUUUUUUGUUUCUUUUUCGUUUAAGGACUGAUCUUGUUUUUUUGUCGUUUUGUUUCUAUUCAUGUUGUACAAUAUUAAGAGCACUCUUUAAAAAAAAGAAAAGAAAGAAAGAAAGCAGCAGUAAACCCAUUUGAAAUGAAGGGUCUUUUCUACGCCUUUUGUACUAACCGCAUUUUUGUUUUUGUUUUGCUUGUUUGUUCGUUUGCUCGUUUUAUUUUAUUUUUUCUUUUAAUUUAUUAAUGUCUUGUUAUUUAUAUAUUUUUCUUUUUUUGGAGUACAAGAGUAGGCUAAAAGAAGUAGCAGCUUUUUGUUUUGUUUUGUGAUGUUUUUUUUUUUUUGCCGUGUUGGUUGCAUUAUACUGUGGUUUCUGGCGUACACACUGGGUAUUUAUUGGUCUUAAAAAAAAAUUGCCUUUACUUUGCUUUUUGUAGACAACAGGCCGUCGCUUAUUUUUUAUUUCUUAUUUUUUUUCUACGUUAUUGUAUAAUUUUGUACACAACAGCAUUUGUGAAAGGGCAUUUUAUAGAGUACAUUUUAUAUGAUGACAUUUUCAGUAUUACAGUUCUUAAGUAGUAGAUUUUAUGUCUGUGUUAACAAUCAAAGGAGCUGCUUUAUUCAUUUGUAAUCAGAUCAAAAAUGUUAGACCAAGGAGUUACCUUUUUUUCCCUUUUUUCCACGUUUUGUAUUUGAACUGGUUCCUCAACAUGGAUCCCUGAACUUUUGGAUGUCUUGGACUGAAUGACACUGUCUACGGGAAUCGACCACUGAAUUCUUGGAGUGUGGGACAGGUCCAAAUCUGUGUCUGAAACUAGUUUCUUGUAUAAUGUUGCUCUGGCCUAGUUCUCAAGACUUUUCUCGUUAGAUUAAGGGCGUUUUCACACUUGUAGUUCACUGUAGUUUGCUCUGGUCCGAAUCAGUUCAUGAAUUUGUAAACUUGAAGUGUUUUCUUCUUGGUUUAGUUGGGCUUGUUUUUUUUUACACAGGCAAAAAUCAUUCAAAGCAUUCCCUCUAUCAGACCUGCCUGAGGCAGGAGCAAGAAAGUAAAUACUAUAAGAAGGUCCUGUGUCCUGGACUAGUGUAUAUUUCUGUGCAGUUUAACAUGGAGCUUUGUCUGUGCGGUUGUUUUGAUCUAAAUCCCAGUCCAAACACUGCAUUCACACCUAUCUAAAUGAAUCAAACCAGGAAUGAAAACAAACCUGAAUCUAUUAUCAAUUUAACCUGAUUAAAAAUGCAGGUGUGAAAAUGCCUUUAAAGAAUAUGUUAAAGUAGUCCCAAAACCUAAUUUUCACUGAUAUGAGUGUUUGUACAGUUUCUAUACGUUUUUAUGAAAUUUUCUUAUGUUACUUGUUUGUUUAUAUAUAAAGUACCUGCGGAAAGCAGAAUUCUUAAACUUCCAUUGUAUGGGUGGGUGUGAAAGCGAGGAUUUACACUCCUUUAUUCUGUGUUGAAAGCUCUUAAAACAAAAGGUGCUUCAAAUGGAUCUUUAAGCGUGUCUAAUUUUCUUUUAUACAUCAUUCAAAGAACCAUUUAAAUCACCUUAUUUGUAAUUAAGAGUGAGUGUGUGUGUAAAUCAGGUUGCAGUCUGAAUUUUUCUGUAUCCUUCCUCCCUUUCCUUGUUACUGAACUGGUCAAGUGGCCAAAAAUGUAUGGGGUUCGAGUGGAGAGGCUUUUACUGAACCUCUCUUUACUCCCUAUAUUGUAAAGUUUGUUGGAGCCUAUGGCUGAUGUAAAUAGACCUACUGAACUGUUGGUUUUAUGUGAAGAGGAUUUUGUUUCAGAAAUCUUAAGUCUUAAGCGUGCCACUGAAAUUCUGAGCUUUUAUUGAUCAGUAGCUGUUUGUUUUUUUCUGUCAUAGACACAGAAACUAUAUUUUGCUCAGUAUCACUCACUGAGUUAGAGGUCAUAUAAGUUGUAUGAGAUGUAUACCAAUAAUUAGAGGCUACUUUACAACCCGUAUAGAUUAAGAAUAACAAAAUUAGAUGUUUUAAAAGUCUAUUUAUUGACCACUAGUUUGAUAUGAAAUUGGUAUAAAAUAAAUUUUGGUGGGAAAUGGUGAUGUUUGGGGGUGAUGAUAUAUUUACUUUUUGAGCCCACAAAAAAAUAAAUUUAAGAUUCUACAGUAACAAGUCAUCUGUAAAUGUUACCUAUCAGCAAACUGUAGUUUACAUAAAGUAUAUUUUCUGUCAGUUCUACUGUCAAUAUGUAAAUGUUCUUCUUGAAGUAAUAAAAGUUACAAAUAUACAUUCAA